CCGAGUGCGGCCUCGGGGGUGGCGGCCGCGGGAGGAGCCCGGAGAACUGCUUCCUCUCGUGGGGCCGAGGCGCGGGAGGGCGAGACCCCGAGCAAACUUUCUGGCGGCUUCGGCCCGGGGGUGGCGGCGCCCAGAGCUGGCCCGGGCGGCUGCGGCGGCGGGCCGCGUCCCCGGGCAGGUCCCCUUCCCGGCAGCAAGUGCCUUCAGCUGGGAGCGUCUGGAGCCCCGGCCCCGAGCGAGCUGUCAUCCUCUGGCCCUUUACUACUCUUCUCAGAAAGGAUCUGCUACAACACUGGGAGUAUUGACUGCUGGAAGGACCAAGGUGAGAUAGUAACAUCUUUUUGGGAGAAGAGUUGGCCUCCUUUCCUGAAAGUGGUGAGUGUACAGCACACAGAUGUGUGAAUGAAGUGAACAGCACUCACGUCUCUGCCUGCUACAUUCUAUAUCAGGAAACAACAGUUCAUUGUAAGAGUUCUUAUGGAUCUUGGACAAAGAAGGAUUUAAGAUAGUUAAAUUUUCCACAAAGAACAAGCACUUCACCAUCUCUUUUUUGAUCUGAAGGCUGGGGGACAAUGGAUAUCAUAGAGACAGCAAAACUGGAAGAGCAUCUGGAAAAUCAAACCAGUGACCCCGCCACUGCUUACACUGGACCACCUGAGCCUGCUGAGGAAGAAAACAAAAAUGGCAAUGGUAAACCUAAGAGCUUAUCUAAUGGGCUGCGAAAAGGCACCAAAAAGUAUCCGGACUAUAUCCAAAUUGCUAUGCCUGCUGAACCAAGGAACAAAUUUCCCCUAGAGUGGUGGAAAACGGGCAUUGCCUUCAUAUAUGCGGCCUUCAACCUCGUCCUGACGACCGUCAUGAUUACAGUUGUCCACGAGAGGGUCCCUCCCAAGGAGCUCAGCCCUCCGCUCCCCGACAAGUUUUUUGAUUAUAUUGAUCGGGUGAAAUGGGCAUUUUCUGUAUCAGAAAUAAAUGGGAUUAUUUUAUUUGGCUUAUGGAUCACCCAGUGGCUGUUUCUGAGAUACAAGUCAAUAGUGGGGCGCAGAUUCUUUUUUAUCCUUGGAACUUUGUACCUAUAUCGCUGUAUCACAAUGUAUGUUACUACUCUACCUGUGCCUGGAAUGCAUUUCCAGUGUGCUCCAAAGCUCAAUGGAGACUCUCAGGCAAAAAUACAACGGAUUCUACGGUUGAUUUCUGGUGGUGGAUUGUCCAUAACUGGAUCACAUAUCUUAUGCGGAGAUUUCCUCUUCAGUGGUCACACAGUUUCACUGACACUUACGUAUUUGUUCAUCAAAGAAUAUUCGCCUCGCCACUUCUGGUGGUAUCACUUAACCUGCUGGCUCCUGAGUGCUGCUGGGAUUAUCUGCAUUCUUGUAGCCCAUGAACAUUAUACUGUCGAUGUGAUCAUUGCUUACUAUAUCACAACACGGCUGUUUUGGUGGUACCAUUCAAUGGCCAAUGAAAAGAACUUGAAGGUUUCUUCACAGACUAAUUUCUUGUCUCGGGCCUGGUGGUUCCCCAUCUUUUAUUUUUUUGAGAAAAAUGUACAAGGCGCAAUUCCUUGCUGCUUCUCAUGGCCACUGUCUUGGCCUCCUGGCUGCUUCAAAUCAUCAUGCAAAAAGUAUUCACGGGUUCAGAAGAUCGGUGAAGAUAAUGAGAAAUCUACCUGAGAAGCAAAACAGGGGCAACAGUUCUUAUACCAAAAGAGUUAACGCUAUAACCAAAGGUAUAGUUUUGUUCCUUUAAUUUUAGGAGAACUGACUGGCAAAUGAAGAAGUGGACCAAACUUUGUGUAAAUGAUUAGAAAGAUGAACAGAGUAUUACCUUUAACUGGUUUUUUAUUCAUCCUGACAAAGAUAUAUUCUCCUGCAGCUCUUCCUUCAUUGGUGACAAGCCUUCAAACUGGCAUUUUACUAAUGAGCUUGUUAAAGGGUGCCAAAGAACAUAGUACUCCUCUCUUUAUUCUUUCUCCACUAAAACCCUCUACUUCCGAAGUUUUUUCCUUCCAAGGUCAGAAAAAUUUGUUAAUGUUUUAAAUAAAUUAUCUGGAUAU